AUGAAGCUGCCCAGGGAAGUUGUUUUUCAAGUUGCGAAAGGAUUUAGAGGGAGGAGCAAGGGAUGUUUUAAAAUUGCGAGGAGCAGGGCCAUGAAGGCGUUGCUGCAUUCGUACAUUAUGAGACGCCAACGGUAUAGGAGGUUGCGGGUUCACUGGAUAGCCAGCAUAAACAGAGCCUGCAGAGAGUGGAACUUCACAUACGCCCACUUUAUGAACAGCCUGCUGAACAACAACAUCAUGCUAAAUAGGAAGAGCUUGUACAGCCUGUGCUACACGGAGCCAAUAAGUUUCAAAUGCCUAGUGGACGAAUCGAAGUAUGUUUUUUUUCAGAGGAAGCUUAAGUUUAGAGACAUCUCUCAGUUGUGA